CAACUUUUAGAAGCAGUGAAGGAAGGUUGCUAUAGUAGUAGGCAAGGAGCCCAGUGGAAAAGCGUUCUGGGUCAGAUUCCUGACUUUCUUGGUGCUUCGGUCUGCUAUCCAGAAUGCAACCGGCUGAAAAAUUCAGCUUUGAAUGCUGCCAAGAGACAGCAGACUGGUUGCUGGCCCGAACCACCCAGCGGCCAAGAAUCGCCAUCAUCUGCGGCUCAGGACUUGGCCCUUUGGCUGACAGCUUGAAGAACCAGGAGUCUUUCAAAUAUACAGACAUCCCGCACUUUCCACGCAGCACAGUUGCUGGCCAUGAUGGCCAUCUCAUCUUUGGGGAGCUGAAAGGCAAGCAGUGCGUUUGCAUGAAAGGACGUUUCCACAUGUAUGAAGGAUACCCGCUCUGGAAGGUCACCUUCCCGAUCCGGGUAUUCAAACUCUUGGGCAUCGAGAUGCUGAUGGUCACCAACGCGGCAGGUGCCUUGUCGGAUUCGUACAACAUCGGCGACCUCAUGAUAAUCCAGGACCACAUCAACUUGCUGGGGUUGACCGGGGAAAACCCUUUGCGGGGUCCCAAUGAGGAGUGGUUUGGACCCCGCUUCCCUGCCCUUUCGGAUGCCUACGACAGGAAGAUCCGCACUUUGGCCAUGGAGACCGCCAGGCGCCUUGGAUACGCCUCCUUUGUCAAAGAGGGGGUCUACUGCAUGGUGGCAGGCCCCAAUUUCGAAUCCGUGGCAGAGGCUCGGCUACUCCACUUACUGGGAGCAGACGUUGUGGGAAUGAGCACUGCUGCGGAAGUGGUUGUGGCCAGGCACUGUGGCCUGCGGGUCUUUGGUCUCUCUUUGAUCACCAACAAGGUGACAAAGGACUACGAUGCUAAGGAGAGCGUUGACCAUCACGGAGUGCUGGAGGUGAGCAGGAGGCGAGCAUCCAUGCUUCAGAUGCUUCUCACGGAAGUGGUGGGCAGCCUGGACAGUGACACCAGCAGCUGCGGACAGAAAGAGACCGAGACCAGCUAUCAGAACGGGGCCUAAGAACAUCUCCAGAGGUUUACGGUGGAGCCAAGGAUGUGAUGGGUGGUGGCACUCAAGAACUGGACAUCAAGGGGAAAGUGCCACCUCCAGGGGGACUAGAUGUGCUCAAGGCACUGCGAAACAGAGGACAUCCAAGGAAGAUGUAGGGCAUGAGCAAAUAAAAGCUAACCUUGUUCUUGUUA